AUGAGCAUCGAGACGCUGCUGGAGGCGGCGCGGUUCCUGGAGUGGCAGGCGCAGCAGCAGCAGACCGCACGUGAGGAGAAUGAGAAGCAUGAGAAGCUCUGCGUGGAGAGGGAGCAGGAGCAGAAGAAGGCGGGCAAGGCCAGCGUGCCCCGGGCCAACAGCACCGUGUCCCCAGAGGAGCCCCGGAGCGAACUGCUGGUGCCCAUCUCCCCGCCGGGCGCCGUGCCCCUGCCGCCGCCGCCGCUGGCCGCUCCCAUCUCGGUCAUUCCCAUCCCCGUCGUCACCAGCUCCCCCCAGCAAGCGGCGCAGACCGCCCUGUCGCCGCCGCUGGUGCAGCGCCACCAGCCCCUCGUGAGCGCUCCCAGCGUGCCCAAGGAAGCGCCCUCGGUGGCGCCGGUGAUCCAGCGGCCGCCGGGGCCGCACCUGCCGGACGGGAAGGCGGCCACGCCGCCCUCGGGCAGCCCCAAGCCGCUGCCGCACUACGCGGCGCCCGUGCUGGCCAUCUCCCAGCACCAUGUGGUGCCGCAGCCCAUCCAGCCCCUGCAGCACCCGGCGGCGCCCGCGCCCCUCGGCGCCCUCAAGCUGGCGCCCGCCGACGACAUGAAACCCAUCGAGCUCAAGAAGAGAAUUGGAGGGGUUGGGACCAGGGAAGUACAUAAUAAAUUGGAGAAGAACAGACGUGCUCAUUUGAAAGAGUGCUUUGAGACAUUAAAGCGCAACAUCCCCAACGUGGAUGACAAGAAGACCUCAAACCUCAGCGUCCUCAGGAGUGCCUUGCGAUACAUCCAGACUUUAAAGAGGAAAGAAAAAGAAUACGAACACGAGAUGGAGCGACUGGCGAGGGAGAAGAUCGCUACGCAGCAGCGGCUGGCAGAACUGAAGAACGAGCUGAGCCAGUGGAUGGAUGUCUUGGAGAUUGACAGAAUUAUUCGACAGACAGUUCAGCCAGAGGAUGACCAGGCAUCUACCUCGACAGCAUCAGAGGGUGAAGACAACAUGGAUGAAGAUAUGGAGGAUGACAGGCCAGCGAACUCGUUACCAAAACUCACCCAGCGCCAGCACCCGGAGCUGCUGAAAGCCGUCCCCCCCAGUGCUGCUGCCCCCCUGCCCACGGUCCUGCCCCCGCACGUGUCCAUCCAGCAGAAGCCCCACGCCCAGCCCUCCCUGCAGCCGCAGGCACUGGUCCCGCCGCAGGCCAUCGUCCCCACACAGACUCACAUCGUGGCGGCCUCGACCGUGCAAUCGACUGUUAUCGCCCACACGGCCACCACCCACGCCUCGGUCAUCCAGACCGUCAACCACGUCAUUCAGGGGCCACAGACCAAGCACAUUGCUCACAUUGCACCUUCCACAUCCAGCCCCGUGCAACUCACCACCGCCGCUCAGCCCAUCGGCCACAUCACUGUGCACCCGGCCACCAUCAACCACAUGGCCCACCUGGGCCCGCAGCUGCCCAUCUACCCCCAGCCCGUGGCCGUCAGCCAGCCCGUGGUGAGCCACAUCGCUCACACCAUCUCGCACCAGCAAGUGAACGGCACGGCGGGCCUGGGCCAGCCGGCCGUGAUGGCCAAGCCGGCCGUGGGAACCCAGGUGGUGCAUCACCCGCAGCUGGUGGGCCAGACGGUCCUAAACCCCGUGACUAUGGUGACCAUGCCGUCGUUCCCGGUGAGCACGCUGAAGCUGGCCUAGAGGGGACGCUCCACGGCGAGGUCUUGUUGGCAACCUUUCCUAAGGAAACUCCGUACAUUCCAACCACGCCCGGCCGGCGGGAGGAGGCGCGGAACGCCCAGGGCGGCGGGGCCGGGCUGUGCGGGU